AUUUUAUUCCAAGCCAUGAAAUAUUGUUCUCAUCUUGUCAAUUCAAUUUGUGUACGUAAUGUUGGGAACAAGGAAAUUCUAACUGCUAUUAACAUGUAUAUGUAAUCAAUCAGGAAUGAAACUUGAAAAUGUCUCUCUUUCACUAUUAUACAUACAAAGAUACUUUCCACUGCUGCACUUAGCUCCUAGUUUUUGCUUCCAAUCCAUGGAGUUUCCUGAAACUAAUAACAAGCUUAUCACCACUCUCUCUUUCUUAUUAUGCAUGCUUUCUCUCACUUAUGCUUCCAAAAACUGUGAUUUUCCGGCAAUCUUUAACUUCGGUGACUCCAAUUCCGAUACCGGUGGCUUGGCAGCUGCUUUUUCUCCUCCCAACUCUCCUUUUGGAGAGACUUUCUUUCAUAUGCCAGCAGGGAGGUACUCUGAUGGAAGGCUCAUAAUAGAUUUUAUAGCCAAGAGUUUCAGUCUCCCUUAUCUGAGUGCAUAUCUUAAUUCUCUGGGAGCCAACUUCAAACAUGGUGCAAAUUUUGCCACAGCAGCAUCCACCAUUCAAAUACCAACUAGUAUUGUACCUAAUGGUGGAUAUAGUCCAUUCUACCUUGAUGUGCAAUAUGAGCAAUUCCUGCAAUUCAUAUCCAGAUCACAGAUUAUCAGGGAAAAAGGAGCUAUGUUUGCUGAAUCGGUGCCUGAGAGAGAUUAUUUUGAGAAGGCUUUAUACACAUUCGAUAUCGGUCAAAAUGAUCUCGGAGCUGGAUUUUCUGGUAACUUGUCUGUGGAAGAAGUGAAUGCAACUGUCCCUGAUAUUGUCAAUAGCUUCUCAGCAAACGUUAAGAAAAUAUACAAUUUGGGAGCUAGAUCAUUUUGGAUUCACAACACAGGACCACUUGGUUGUCUUGCAUAUAUUUUUGAGAGUUUUCCCUUGGCUGAAAAAGAUAGUGCAGGCUGUGCAAAAGCUUAUAAUGAAGUUGCUCAGCAUUUUAAUCUCAACUUGAAGGAGAGCGUAGCUCAGCUCAGGAAGGAUUUGCCAUUAGCGGUUUUCACCUAUGUUGACAUCUAUUCUGUCAAGUAUUCUUUAUUCAGUGAACCAGAAAAACAUGGUUUCGAGCUUCCACUUGUAGUAUGUUGUGGCUACGGAGGAAAGUACAAUUUUAGUAGUAAUGUUCGAUGUGGAGAUACAGUUGCAGCAAAUGGUACCCAAAUAGUUGUGGGCUCUUGUGAUCGCCCUUCAGUUCGAGUAAAUUGGGAUGGAGUUCACUACACUGAAGCUGCCAAUAAAUUUAUUUUCGACCAGAUUUCUACAGGAGCCUUCUCUGAUCCCCCUAUUCCAUUGAAAAUGGCAUGCCACAAUACUACGCAUUAAUUAUCCUUGAGGAUAUUAGAUUAUAUAUAGGUUCCACGAAAGUGCUUUGCUGAAGCCUGCUAAUAAAAUAAUGGAGAGUUAUAAGGACUUGUCCUUCUCUGUUUUCCCUUUUUCAUGUAGAAUCUUUUGAUUAUUACUGAAACAUUACGUUCUUACUCCA